CAGAAGAAGUCCGGUGUCCUUCACAACAGCAAACAUGGCGACUGCUACCAAAAUCAUCCAGAGAAUUCGAAAUUUUUUAUCAGGGCACAACUUGCAAGUCAAACUGCAGCUGAGAUAUGAGGAGAUUGCAAAGAGGACGCAGCCACCACCCAUACUGCCAGUGGGCCCGAGCCACAAGUUUGCCAGCAACUACUAUUGCAGCAGAGAUGGACGCAGAGAGUCAGUACCUGCCACAGUCAUCAUGUCUUCUCAGAAGGCUCUAACCGCUGGCAGUCAAGUUGCUGAAGUCCCAAGGCUUCCAGUGACCCCAGGUCCUGUGUAUAAGGAGCUAGAACUCUCCACAGACCAGCCAUACCUCUGAGAAGCGGGAUCAACAACCUAAUUUCUCCUUCCAAACCUGCUGUGGAGGCAUGACUCUGUGUGUGUUGGUUGUACAAUAGAAAAUGUGAAUAAAAUGUGUUCUAUUUAUGA